AUGGAAGAUCAAGAUGAUCAAAGAACUCUAACCCACCUGUUCUCAAAAACUCAGCAACAACUCCCUCCUCCACGUAUUCUUAAGCAGAAUGAAAGGAGGGAGAGAAAUCCAAAGCUGCUGCGGGUCAGGAAAGGAUCCUCUGGUCCUCCACCUCCACGUUCUUCUGAACAUAUGCAGAAGGUCUGUGAGUGUUUUGAUGAAGCUAACUCAUAUUCUAUGAAGAAAGCUAAGGAACUUCAAAUAAAAUUAGCACCAGAAAUGCCUAAUUUUGUGAAAUUUAUGCAUCGGUCACAUGUCAGUAAGCCUUUUUGGUUGAGACUUCCUAGUGAUUUCUGCAAGUUGAACUUACCGAAAGAAGAUUGUAGCAUUAUAUUGGUAGAUGAAAGUGGUGAAGAGUACGAAACAAAGUACCUUGCUACAAGGGUAGCACUAAGUGGUGGAUGGAUGAAAUUCUCUAAAAAACACAAAUUGGUUGAAGGAGAUUCAGUGUUGUUCCAACUUAUCAAGGCUACUAAAUUCAAGGUGUACAUUAUAAGAGAAAAUGGUUUGACUAAUUCUGAAGUUGCUGGAGAUCUUGCACUUGAAAAGGAAAUUCUUACUGGUAACUCAGAAGAUAAUGAAGAUUCUCUUCCUUUAUCUGUUCGUUUUCAAGAGUUUGAUCAAUAUGAUACUCCUCUAGGAUCAGUUUCUAACCUUGGGUCGCCAUCCGGAGAACAGUGUGCUAAUGACAGUGAAGAAGUUGGUUCUGCAGAUUUGGGAGGCAUCAGGUUGGAAAAAGCAACCAAGGAAUUUAAAGACGUGAAAAGCUUUGAGGAUUUCACCAUUAUAGUGAAUGGUUUGAUUAUAGAUUCUGAAUUUCCAGAACAUGUUCGAGUGAAGUACUAUGAGCUCUGCUGCAGUCAAAACUCUUUUCUUCAUGACCAUCUUCUCGAAGGCAUCAACUUUAAGUUAAUAGUUGGAACAAUUUCUGAGAUUGUCAAUGUGGCUGAUGCCCUUCGAGCUUGCAAACUUACUACCUCUCAGAAUGACUUUGCAUCUUGGGACAAAAGCUUGAAUGCUUUUGAGCAAUUGGGCAUGAAUGUUGGCUUUUUACAUGCUCGAUUGCACCAGCUUGUGAGCCUUGCCUUUGAGUCGGAAGGGGCAAAGGUCUCAAAGAUGUACAAUGAAGCUGUAUCCAAAAGAGCUUGUUUUGUAGAGGAGAAAAGAAAGCUGAAAGUGAAAAUUAUGGAAUUAAACAAAGAAAUUGAGAAUCUUGAAUUGAAAGCCAAGAGACAUGAGGUGAAGUUUCAAGCUAAGGUCAAUGAUCCGUGGUGACCUUUACUUUUCUCCUUGUUGCAGUUUCCUCCUUUUUUUGAGGUAGCCUGACUUUUGCAGUUGACUAAUAUAAUUCUCUGAAGUUAAGGAGAAUUCCUUUUUGUGGAAUUUGAUUUCAGAUGUAUAGUUUUGUGGAAUAUAUGUGGAUCUACAGUGUUAACUACUGAUGUCUGUGUAAACU